AUGUACAAAUCGCGAGAUUAUAUUCGAACUCUUCCUUUCCGCCAACGCCGGCCAUUUGCGCAAAUCUUCCCCAACGCGAAUCCUUCGCUAUACAUAACAAUCGAAAAGGCUUUGGCUCACCCAUAUCUUGAAGCACAUCACGAUAUCGAUGACGAACCAGUUGCACCACCGCUCGACCCGGAGUUCUUCGAAUUUGACCUACACAAGGACGGUAUCAGCCGGGAACAACUCAAAGAGCUCCUCUACGAAGAGAUCAUGUUCUUCUGCCCUGUCCCAAUCACCUAAACACAAACACGCGAUCGCCAACACUCGUUGUCCAUAAACCAGAGGAUCCACAUGUGAUACUGUGUUGAGCGUCAAAUUGAAUUGGGGGAUAGAAAAUGUGCAAAAUAUGUUCUUUGGUGCCUUCUAACCGGUAGUCGUACCGCUUUACUGUCCAGUCAUUCGAUGUUUUGGUGCAUCUCUUCACAAUCAGCAGUUCAUCACACGGAUCUUGUAUUUAUUACACGUUUUUGUCGCCGCGUCACCCAAUAU